CUUUUUUCUUUUCCUUUCACGCAUACCAGGCUUUAUUUUGCUCCUUUCUUGAAUUCGCUUUGUAUUUUAUAUUAUUAUUAUUAUUACACGCACACAACCCAUAUACAAACCACACACACAUGUCUGAACAACACGCUCCAAGCGAUGCUGCCAGCCCAGCGGCCCACGCUGCUGACAGCGAAGAACGAGAGCCGCUAUUGUCUCCGGACGAGCAGCAGCAUGAACAGCAGCAUGCGUCACCUCAGGCUGAAGAAGCACCAAUGCUUUCAAGCAAUGUACCUACAAUUGCCAAGCGGCUGACACCACUGCUAGGAUUGUGUCUUGGCGGUGCAUGCCUGCUACUGGGCGUUUACAUACUGUACAUCAUCCUGCAUAUUCCAGGCAUUGUUUAUGUCAUCCGCAGCAGCGAGCCCGAACUCACUUCCGCCGCCCUGAUUGACACUGCCGACGACUCUGUCGUGUUUUCGGCCAAGGUGCGGUUUCCUCACUGGAAGCGCGGCCCGGCGUCAGUACCCUUUUUGAACAUUACUUUAUUCCAUGAUAGUGACAUAGUUGGCUGGAUGUGCGCCAAAGACCUUGAAAUCAGUGGCCCGGCGACUGACUUGGAGCUGUACCAGGUGUUCAACAUUGUGGACCAACACGCAAUGGUGCGCUUGGUCAGCGCGACUGUCGACAGUCGCCGCAUUACUGUAGACACGCGCACAGUGGUGGAUUUAAGCGGCAUUGGCAGGUUCUUGCCCAAAGUCGGCGUGCGCAGUAAGGUCGACAUGGCAGUUCCUCUGCCGUCUCUUACUGAAAACUACACUAUUCAUGCCGUUUCCGGCCCUUCUGUUGACAAGGAGAGGGGCGGUGUUACGACAGUGGCUGCCGCUCGUGUGAGCAUUCCUGUGAAGAAUGUGUCUGCAAAUAUCGAUGCUGUUAAUUUUGACGUCAGCUACCAUGACAUUAAGAUUGCGACUGCUCGGAUUGGGCCGAUUAACGUUCGGACCGGUGGCAUUGUCGAGGUUCCGGCUGCGAUCAACGUACGGGAGAUAUCUAGCCGAUCGCACGAAUCAGCAUUGGAGGACAUAGUCCGGAGCAUUGCCAGCGGCAAGGGAAUUGACUUGAAGGUUUCCGGAACCAGUGCAGCUGACUACUCGACUGCACCGAUGUGGCUUCGUCGGGCCCUCCACCGCACGUCUGUGGUAGUCAGCACUGACUUGCUUAGCAUGCCCGCCGGAGAUCUGCCCUCAUUUGACGAUAUGAUCAAGGACAUUGUGGUCGACAGGUUCUACGCAUACUGGAGCGCCGAAAAUGACUUUAACCCGUGGAUUGGCGUUUCCGGCCAGGCCACCGUGCAGCUGCCCAAUCCAUCGGGUGCAGACAUGGCUGUGGACAUAGAGUCGUUCGUGCCGCACAUACAGCUCCUCGACGACAAUAAGCAAGUGUUUGCUACAGUUGACGCUCCAACAAUCCCGUUUGUAGUGAAGCAAGUGGCACCACUGAAAUUUAUGGCAGCAUGCGACUUCGACCGCAUUGGUCUGAAUGUAGUCCAGGACCGUGAGGAGCAGUUCACGUACAUGAUGCAGCGCGCCCUGGUAGAUCGCCAUUUGGUUGUUGGUGUUAAUGGCACUCUGGAUUUUGUUCUAGCCACCUCUAUUGGCAAACUGCGCAUUGGCGCAUUACCCUUCUACACACACGUCGAUCGCAAGUUCGAUUCCGAAUGUGAUGGCAAGCGUUGUAAGUCCAGCUCAGUCGAUGCCAACACUGCGCGCACUCCCAGCGCUCUGUCAACAGGCAAGGGUGGCCCCAAGCCUGGCAGAGUACCUGAAUUCAUUGUGUCCCGUAUGCACAUUACCAACACGACCAAGGACCUCAUUGUGAUAGAGAUCGACAUUGAUAUCAAUAACCCGUUCAACUAUGGUGCCUACAUAACUGACUUGGCGAUGAAUGUGGACUACAAGGACCUGCGCGUUGCAAAGGUUGGCAUUAAGGAGUUGACUAUGGAUCAGGGCGCGCAUAAGGUCACAAUUUAUAUCGAUUUUUACAACCACCCCGAGGACCCCCGGCAGCGGAUGCUAUUUUUACAGGCGUCUAUGGGGAAGAACAUGACCAUUGGGAUCUCAGGAUUCCCGAACUGCACCAGCAUAGCUCCACUGGAGGCAUCGCUGCGCGGGUUCUCGCAAAAAAUAGAUAUUGACUUUUCCAAGCUCAAGGGCGGCAGCAGCGACAAGAUUGUCAGUGAGUUUCCAAAGGUGCUUCGCGAGAUUGUUUUUCAUCUGUUCAACAUUGCGGUUGAAGCGACAGUCGUGAAUCCCGUUUCAGGUGCUGGCAUUUGGCUGAAAUCUAUUGAGGCCGUCGGCUACUACAAGGGUGACAUCCCGCUGGGCACUUUAGACUAUGACUUUACAGUCAAUUCGUCUCGGCAGGGCUCAGUCAAAUCUAACGGGCUCUUGCUGCCCUUUAACCAGGCUAUCACCACCCCACGCCUGCCCAUUGUUACCAAUGACACGACCAUUGGCUGGGACGUGUUGCGUCGGGCCAUUGGUGGAACCCUCGAUGUCGACGUUUUCACAAAUGUCCAAGUGCUUAUCGGUAACGCCCAAUUUAACGUCACGGCCAUGGGGAAGAAUGCGCCGGUCAAAAUUCGGCUGUAGAUAAAAUUCAUAACCAUGCAGUACUUAAGUAGAUCACGUUUCGAUUCUUUAUUUUUUUGUCAACGAUUCCCGCAAAAAUAAUUUAAUUCUUGCAAACCCAAGGCAUCACUUUUU